AGAAUAAUUUAAUCUUUCUGGAAUGGUCAUAUAAGGGACUCCGCCAUAGUUAAAACCAAUUCAAGUUCUUCAAAGCAAGCAGAAACAGUGGAGUUAUAGUGUUGCGGUAGAGGAAGAAGAAUCGGUGAGAGCAUCAUCAUCAGAGUGAUGGCGAGAGUGGGUAGAAUGAAGCUGGGUUCUCAAGGGUUGGAGGUGUCUGUGCAGGGACUGGGGUGCAUGGGAAUGUCUUCGAACUAUGGUCCUGCUAAGCCAGAACCUGAUAUGAUUGCUCUUAUUCACCAUGCUGUUCAAAGUGGUGUAACUUUUCUUGACAGUGCUGACAUCUACGGCCCUUACACCAACGAAGUCCUGUUAGGAAAGGCUCUGAAGGAAGGGUGGAGAGAUAAGGUUGAAUUGGCUACCAAGUUUGCAAUCAGAGUCACACCAGAAGGGAAAAAGGAGAUACGUGGUGAUCCAGAAUAUGUGAGGUCUGCUUGUGAGGACAGCUUGAAGAGACUUGAGGUCGAUUGCAUUGAUCUCUAUUACCAACAUCGAGUUGAUACUCGUGUUCCUAUUGAAGUCACGGUUGGGGAGCUUAAGAAACUUGUUGAGGAGGGAAAGGUAAAAUAUAUUGGUCUGUCUGAGGCUUCAGCUUCAACCAUCAGAAGAGCACAUGCAGUUCAUCCGAUAACAGCAGUGCAGUUGGAGUGGUCGCUAUGGUCAAGAGAUGUUGAAGAAGAAAUAGUUCCAACUUGCAGGGAACUUGGCAUCGGAAUUGUUGCAUAUAGUCCUCUUGGGCGAGGAUUCUUUUCAUCAGGAACAAAGUUGCUUGAGAAUUUGGCACCGGAUGAUUCCCGGAAGUUUUUGCCCAGAUUCAAACCUGGAAAUGUAGAGCAUAAUAACAUCAUAUUUGAGAAGGUUAAGGAACUGGCUACAAAAAAGGGAUGUACUACAUCUCAACUUGCGCUGGCCUGGGUUCAUCACCAAGGAAACGACGUGUGUCCAAUACCUGGAACAACAAAAAUUGAGAACUUUAAUGAUAACCUUGGGGCUCUGUCUGUGAAACUAACACCAGAAGAAAUAGCAGAACUUGAGUCCUUUGCUGCUGAAGAUAUCAAGGGUGGUAGAUACAUGGAAGGGGCAAAUACAUGGAAGACUGGUCAUACUCCACCACUUUCUUCUUGGAAAACUGCAUAAUCACUGCAUUACUUAAUGCUUGUACUAUUGAGUACCUUGUGCAUUUGCUGCUUAAAUAAUUUUAUCUCUUUCGAACUCUUCUAGUUUCUAGCAGCAGCUGGUGUAUUUUCAAGUGGUUUGAAUGAACUCUGUCGUAUGAUUCCAUAUUGCUUCACUUGUGUACAAGUUCAGCGGAAAUGAGUUUAUAUAAAUAAAUGUUCUGAAA